AUGAGCUCGCCCUUCGCCAUCAAUGGCGGUGCUUGUGUGGCCAUGGUCGGCAAAGACUGCGUUGCGAUAGCUUGUGACCUCCGCCUCGGUCUUCAGUCACUCACAGUCUCCAACAACUUCCCAAAGAUCUUCUCAUACGGCGACGUCUAUCUCGGUCUCACGGGUCUAGCCACCGAUGUAUCUACCGUCUCCGAUCUUUUCCGCUACAAAGUCAACAUGUACAGACUACGUGAAGAGCGUCAGAUAUCUCCGCAGACUAUGGCGAAUCUGGUUUCAACGAGUCUGUACGAGAAAAGAUUUGGACCUUACUUUGUCAGCCCGGUGAUCGCUGGCAUAAACCACAAGACUGGAAAGCCUUUCAUCUGCGGCUUUGAUAGCAUUGGGUGUAUAGAUUUCGCGAAGGACUUUAUUGUUUCGGGGACGGCUAGUGAUCAGCUCUUUGGAACGUGUGAGGGAUUGUGGGAGCCAGAUCUGGAGCCGGAAGAUCUGUUCGAAACCAUAUCCCAGGCUUUACUUAACGCGGUGGACCGAGACGCGUUGUCGGGAUGGGGUGCACAUGUCUACAUCAUUGAGAAGGACAAAGUUACGAAGAGGCUGUUGAAAGGCAGACAAGAUUAG